AUGUUUGUGCAAGCACCGCCGUUGUUGGUCCAGCAAAAGUCGGAAAAUUCAGAGGAGGACAGCGAUGACGAAAGCACCGGCGAUGUCCUGCAGAAACGACGAGAAGAAUGCGAAAGGAAAGCGAGGCGUGGGGAGAUGGAUCCCCGGCUGGAAUUCGCUUUCCAGCUUUUAAUGGAUGCGACGCAACUGUCACGUCACGAGGUUAUGGAUCACGUUUUCGAGGGUGAUAUGCUCGACGAAAUCAAUCAACUGUUCUUGCCACACAUGAGGUCAACCCUUGUCUGGUACUAUCAAGAAGUGGAAGAAGCAGAACCUCUACGACCGCUAGAGAUUAUACAGACGAAGGUUUCAAGUGCCAGGUCAGGUCCAAACGCGCCAGCGCCAAAGGUGAAGGAGACGAAGGAGACGAAGGAACCGGCGAAAAAGAAACUUUUCUUGACUGACGGAUGGCAGGUGCCAUGCACUGGAAUAUGCAUUUAUAUGUUCAGAAUCAGUAUCUCGAAACAGUUGCCCGAAGAAGGCUUUCAGAAAGAUCUGUACACGGGUGUGAUAGAUACGAAGAAAGUAGGAAUAAUAACAGCAAUACAGCGAGUGGUUGAACGGGUCUUUAUGGAUGCACUUGCGCGCCCUGGCUCCGAAGGAGAGGAUGACUGUCCAAUGAUCAAGAGUCUUCUGUUACCUGGUUUGAGAUCUUUCUGCAGUGCUUUGAAAGUCUGCGAACAGGUGGCUCACGAGGGACACAUAUUCGAGGACUCAGAAAUGUUGAUGCUCGGGGUGCGCAAUUUCGAGGAAGCAAAAGCAUUUGUAGCGAAAGAGAACGCAGUGAACAUCAUAGAAGAGAGAGUGGAGAGCUGGAUCAAGAGACUAAAGGAUUUCAUGGCAGAAAGUAAACAGGUGAAACGGGAGAAUGACAAUUCCGGGCCGCAACAAGAGCUCGAGUAUUGGAAACGAAGAGGAGCGCAGUUCAGUCAACUCGUCGAUAAACUGCAGGAUCAUGAAAUACAAAUGUCGCUGCUAUGCCUUCAAGUAGCACGCUCGAAAUUGAUCAAGGCCUGGGUUGACAUCGAGGACGAAGUCACAUACUGCUACAACGAAGCCAAGGACAACGCGAAGUUCAUCCAAGCUUUGGAGAAAUGCUGUCACUGUUUGUACCUCGAUGAUCCGGUGAAGAUGAGGGAUUCCCUCGUCUCAUUGUUACAAACAGUUCGCCUAAUAUACAGUGUAUCGAGGUACUACAAUACCUCUGAACGAACCAGCUCGUUAAUGAUAAAGAUCACGAACCAAAUGAUCGUGGCCUGCAGGGACUACGUCACCAAUCGAGGCCGCGAAACCGUCUGGGGUCAAGAUCGAGCGGCAGCCCGAUCGAAGCUGAAGCAUUGCUUAAGAUUGAACAAAGCUUACAGGGAAACGUACAGGCUAGUUCGUUGUUCACCAGCUGUAACUGAACAGGAGUUCUCGUUCUCAGAAACUCACGUGUUCGGACGGUUCGAUUCGUUCUGCGACAGGAUCAAAAAGAUUUUGACCAUGUUCGAGCUUAUACAAGAUUACAAGAACCUCUUUGAAAGACGAAUGGAAGGCCUAUUAUUGGGAGAAGCAUUGGACGACGCGAUAAGAACUUUUCAGGAAGCUGAGAAAAUUGCUACCACUAAAUCGUACGACUAUUUGGAUGCAAGGAAUACAGUGUUUGAUACCGAUUACGACGACUUCAUCACUAAGACCGACGCUCUAAAACAAAAUAUCGGUAGUAUCAUUGUGAAAAAUUAUGCUGAUGUUUGGGAAACGCCACAGGGUAUACGAUUCUUAACUCGAUUUGAGAAAGUCAGCGAGAAAAUACCGCUAACGAAACUCGAUGAAAAGUAUAUUAUCGUGGUGAAAUAUUGCGACAAAGAAAUAGAUCGGAUAUUAAAACUGUUCAAAAAACAAAGAGACGAUCCUCCAUUACCUAGACACAUGCCAGCAAUCGCUGGAAGAUUGACUUGGAGCAAUUCACUCAAAGUUCAUCUUGACGAAUUGGCAGCGUCAGUCUUCAGCCACCCUGUGCUAAAAAAUCUGCCAUUAACAAUCGAAUUGGAGAAACGGUACAAUCACGCUCUCAGUGUUUUAAACCAGUAUAAGUCAGAUAUCGCUGAAGUAUGGACACAUCAAAAUUCUUGGGCAAUCGAAGAUUCCUUAAAACGGUUUCUGCUGGUAAUUGACGAAAAAACGGAUAAAAUUAAGGUGAACUUGGAUGGACGUGUAACUCUUUUGCUUCGGGAAGCUGACUGUUUGGCCAAGCUGAAUCUAGAAAUUCCAAUCGUGGCGCUGACGCUUUUGGCGAAGAAAGAUCAUUUCACUUUGAUCACGGACUCCCUUCAGUUGAUGAUCGACAAUUUCGUGUCCACGGCGAGACGAGUGAAACUAGAAGUCAGGCCGCUUUUGUUACCGCAUUUGGUACGCGUUGCGAGUUUAUUGGAAGUUGGAAUCGUCUCUUUGACGUGGACUAAUCCGGAAUGGAAGGAAUUUUAUCAAAAUACAACGGAGCAGAUUAAGGACUUCGAUAUUCUGAUUACGCGAGUUCACGACGUCUACGAUAACAGGAUUCUGGAAGUUCUGUCAAGUAUGCAAAAGAUCACCUUACAUGUACUACCAGAAUGUGAUCAGCCUUGGACGAUCGAGGAGUUUGUGGAGAAGACUGAAGAAAUAUGUAGACUCGCAGCGGUAGAUUUAUAUCGCAAAAGUAUGAUGGUGGAAGAGGCGGUAGAGGAAGUACUCGAUCUCGUGAAGAAUGCCGCUGAAAACUUCAAAAGCGCCGCCAAUUCCAAUCAAUUUGAUUUUUUCAACGGCGAAGAAACCGAGGAAGAUAUAGACCAAACGGUUCAACAAGAUUGGUCGUUAGUCUGGAAUUUAUUCGACGAUCCUCAACAGUUGUUAACUACCCCAGGUAGUUUGCCCAAGGGGAUGCAAGAUAUGGUACGAAACGCAGUAUCGGAGAUGAGAAGAUAUUAUUCAAGAAAAGUGGUAGACGUUCUCAUAAAGGUUACCCGAACUUCCCUGGAUGCGAUCAGAAAACGUUUCAUUCGAGAAAUUAAUCCAGAACAGACUCCGAGCCCAAUAUUUCUGCUACACGCAACCUUGAUGAUACCAGUAGUGACAGUGAAGCCCAGUUUAGAUGAUGUCCAGGAGGUCUUAACAUUAGUCGGAAAAACGAUUGCUGGUGUCGCAAAAGGAGUUUCGCAAUGGAAUUCGAGAGUUAGUAAGAAUUCUUGGGGAAACGCGUACCCAAAGAGGAGCUUUGCCGAUAUAGUGAUGCGAGCUCAAAUUCAAGUUGCCAAGAAGAAACAAGAGGAACCAGAAGACCCAAAAACCAGAAGACGACGACUCUACAAAAUUAUCUCAGAAGAAAGACCUAUUUUCCCCGUUCAGGAAAGCAAUUUCUAUGGAAUGGUGAUGGAUAAUAAAGAAAUAAUGAAAUUGUUAUCCAUAUUGAACACGUGCAUGCUGGAAUUCAAACCGGAUCUCGUAGAAUUUAUUGACCGAUGGAAACCAUACAAAUUUCUCUGGAAGAACGAACGCAGCAUGAGAGAAUUGUUGCAAAUUUCCUUGCCAGAAUUUGAAGCUACUCUGCGAAAACAUAGCGAACUUGAAGACCUUUUAGCUACCGAACCAGACAUGAUCAUUUUUGGAACCUCCAUCGCUAUAUCUACUGAAAAGCUGAAAUACGGCCUAUACACGGAAAUCAAAACGUGUACUCACAAAAUUGGCCAAGCUAUGAAGAAGAAAUAUAGACGAGAGAUGGAAUACGUUUACGCUUUGAUGAACGAAAUGGAACGCAAACUGGACAGACAAAUCCGUGACUUGGACGACGUGCGUCUGAUCAUGGACACCCUGAAAAAGAUUCGAGAACAGGAAGUAGACAUGGAGCUGAAGAUCGAUCCGAUUGAAGAAGCUUUCAAUAUAGUGACGAGAUACGAAGUACCAGUAGACCAGGAAUGCCUGGAACAAGUAGACAAUUUGAGGUAUACGUGGCAGCAGUUGCUGACGAGAGCGCAAGCGAGUCACGUGCUGUUGUUGAAGCUGCAACCCCAGUUUGAAGAGGACUUAAGAAACAAUCUCGAGAAAUUCCGACUCGACAAUGAAAUGUAUUGCGAGGAGUACAGAUCCUCUGGGCCCAUGCAACCGGGUUUGAGUCCACGAGAUGCCUCCGAUAGACAGAUACUAUUUCAAAAUAGAUUCGACGGCAUGUGGAGAAAGCUGCAGACUUAUCAAAGCGGCGAAGAACUGUUUGGACUGCCCAUCACGGAUUACCCUGAACUAUCGCAGAUCAGGAAAGAGCUGAAUUUGCUACAGAAAUUGUAUAAAUUGUACAAUGACGUGAUCGAUAGAGUGAAUAGUUACUACGACAUUCCCUGGGGCGAGGUGAAUAUCGAAGAUAUAAACAACGAGCUAAUGGAAUUCCAAAACCGGUGCCGCAAGCUGCCAAAGGGACUGAAAGAAUGGCCGGCAUUCUUCGCUCUGAAAAAGACGAUCGACGACUUCAACGACAUGUGCCCUCUUCUCGAGUUGAUGGCCAACAAAGCCAUGAAGCAGCGCCAUUGGCACAGAAUCGUGGAAGUGACAGGCUACACGUUCGAUCUGGAAAGCGAGGGUUUCUGCCUGAAGAACAUUCUCGAAGCACCAUUGUUGAAGUAUAAAGAGGACAUCGAGGACAUCUGCAUCUCAGCAAUGAAGGAAAAAGACAUCGAGGCUAAACUACGAAUGGUCGUGAACGAUUGGUCAUCCCACGAAUUAACGUUCAUGACGUUCAACAACAGAGGGGAGCUGUUGCUAAGAGGCGACUCUACUGCCGAGACGAUCGGUCAACUGGAGGACAGUUUGAUGGUGCUUGGCUCCUUGAUGUCGAAUCGUUACAACGCGCCGUUCCGCAAGCAGAUACAACAAUGGCUCACGGAUCUUUCGAACACCAACGAAAUCUUAGAAAGAUGGCUACUGGUGCAGAACAUGUGGGUCUACCUGGAGGCGGUGUUCGUUGGGGGUGACAUAGCGAAACAGCUACCCAAAGAGGCAAAAAGAUUUAGUAAAAUCGAUAAGAGUUGGCAGAAGAUCAUGCAAAGAGCUCACGAGACUCCGGGGGUGGUACCUUGUUGCGUGGGGGACGAUUUGCUUAAGCAACUUUUGCCCCAUUUACAGGAACAAUUGGAAUUAUGCCAAAAAUCUCUAAGCGGGUAUUUGGAAAAAAAACGUAUGAUGUUCCCGAGGUUCUUCUUCGUAUCGGACCCCGCUUUAUUAGAAAUCCUUGGUCAAGCAUCUGAUUCUCACACGAUACAGAACCACCUUCUUUCUAUCUUCGACAACACGCGUUACGUUAAAUUUCACGACAUCGAGUAUAAUAAGAUGACCGCGGUUAUAUCGUCCGAGGGGGAAACGAUUUUACUCGAAAAAGCAGUAAGAGCGGAAGGCUCGGUGGAAACAUGGCUGACGCAGCUUUUACAAACAUCUCAGCAGUCUCUGCAUUCGAUAAUCCGACAAUGUUACUCUAUGAUCAACGAUGCGAACUUUAAUUUCCUUGGUUUCCUGGACAAAAUGCCCGCCCAGAUCGGACUGCUCGGAAUACAAAUGAUUUGGACCAGGGACAGCGAAUUAGCUCUGGCUCAAGCACGCGCCGAUAAAAAAAUUAUGACGGAAACAAACAACCGAUUCCUUGACUUACUGAAUACUUUAAUCGAUCAAACUACCAGAGACCUAUCGAAAAUCGAGCGAACGAAAUUUGAAACAUUAAUCACCAUCCACGUGCACCAACGUGAUAUCUUCGACAUAUUGUGCCGCUUAAACGUACGAUCGGUGAACGAUUUCGAGUGGUUGAAGCAAUGCAGAUUUUAUUUCAAAGAAGAUCUCGAUAAAACAUCAAUAUGCAUAACAGAUGUAAAUUUUACGUAUCAGAAUGAAUAUCUAGGGUGCACAGAACGACUCGUUAUCACUCCAUUAACUGACAGGUGCUACAUAACACUGGCUCAAGCUUUAUCGAUGUCGAUGGGUGGUUCGCCAUGUGGACCAGCUGGAACCGGCAAAACCGAGACUGUCAAGGACAUGGGCAAAACCUUAGCGAAAUACGUAGUGGUUUUCAACUGCUCCGAUCAAAUGGACUACAGAGGAUUGGGACGGAUUUACAAAGGCCUAGCUCAAAGUGGAUCCUGGGGUUGUUUCGAUGAAUUCAAUAGAAUCGAAUUGCCUGUUUUGUCUGUUGCUGCUCAGCAAGUUGCUGUUGUUCUUGCCGCGAAGAGGGAGAAGAAGAAGCAAUUCGUUUUUACAGACGGUGAUCUGAUAGACAUGUGCCCUGAGCUCGGAAUAUUUAUAACCAUGAAUCCUGGCUACGCUGGCAGGAAGGAACUACCAGAGAAUCUGAAAAUUCAGUUUCGCACCGUCGCUAUGAUGGUACCCGACAGACAAAUUAUCAUUCGAGUGAAAUUAGCCAGCUGCGGUUUCUUGGAAAACAUUACACUCGCCCGGAAAUUUUACACCCUGUAUAAAUUGUGCGAAGAGCAACUUACUAAACAGGUCCAUUAUGACUUUGGUCUAAGAAAUAUACUGUCGGUGUUGAGAACUUUGGGAGCAUCGAAGAGAGUGAAUUCGAAAGACUCUGAAAGCACAAUCGUCAUGCGAGUUCUGAGGGACAUGAAUCUUUCAAAACUUAUAGAUGAGGAUGAACCACUGUUCAUCUCUCUAGUAGCGGAUCUAUUUCCUAAUCAGGCUCUCGAGAAAACUUCUUACCCAGAAUUAGAAGAUGCUAUCAACCAACAAGUGGAAGAAGCUGGAUUAAUUUACCAUCCACCUUGGGUGCUGAAAUUGAUACAAUUGUAUGAAACUCAGAGGGUGAGACACGGAAUAAUGACGUUAGGCCCAACUGGUGCUGGGAAAACAACCUGUAUACAAAUUCUGAUGAAGUCGUUAACGCAAUGCGGCGAUGCUCACAGAGAAAUGAGAAUGAACCCAAAAAGCAUAACAGCUGCUCAAAUGUUUGGCCGACUGGAUGUAGCCACCAACGAUUGGACGGACGGCAUAUUUUCAGCCCUGUGGCGUAAAACAUUAAAACUAAAAGAAGGGGAACACGUUUGGAUGGUCCUGGAUGGGCCGGUCGACAGUAUUUGGAUUGAAAAUUUAAAUUCGGUGUUAGACGACAAUAAAACUCUGACUCUGGCGAACGGUGAUCGUUUAUCGAUGGCUCCCACGUGUAAGAUCAUUUUUGAACCACAUAACAUAGACAACGCUAGUCCGGCGACGGUGUCUCGUAACGGUAUGGUGUAUAUGAGCUCAUCUGGUUUGGAUUGGAAUCCUGUAGUGACCGCUUGGUUGAAAACGAGGACACCUUUGGAGCAAGAAGUUUUUGAACAAUGCUUCACAGAUUCUUUUGCACAGAUUUAUUCGUGGAGUACUCAAGCGAUGACGUUAACCAUAGACGUUCUUCAGUGCAAUAUCGUGCAACAAAUGUUAUAUCUCCUGGAGGGUUUAGUUCCUGCUGAGAGCGUAGAAGACAAAGAAGAGGAGGACGAAGAAAGAGAAGAAGAGAAACGGCAACCAAUGACAGCGGAUCACUUGAAACGUCUUUACGUUUUCACUUUGGUAUGGAGUAUAGGAGCUCUUCUAGAAACACCUGACAGAGAGAAAUACGAUUCUUACCUUCGUGGAAACUUUGAAAGUUUAGACUUACCGGUAUCUGAAAAAUACCCUAACGCAAAAGUUUUCGAUUUUUUUGUAACCGAAAAGGGUAAAUGGGAUACGUGGACCAGUAUGGUAACCAAUUACGUUUAUCCAGAAUAUUCUGCGCCUGAUUACAGUAACGUUUUGGUGCCAAUACCUGACAACGUAAGAAUACAAUACCUGAUCGAUUUAAUUGGACGGCAGGAUAAAGCUGUUUUACUCAUAGGCGAACAGGGUUCAGCUAAGACAGUAAUGAUGAAGUCUUACAUGAAGAAGGCAAAUGCGGAAACUACGUUGAGCCGUUCGUUCAACUUUAGCUCGGCAACAAGCCCAUACCAGUUUCAAAAGACAAUUGAAAGUUACGUGGAGAAACGUCUAGGAAACACGUUUGGACCACCGGGUGGCAAGAAAAUGUUGAUCUUUAUCGACGACGUAAACUUGCCACAGAUAAAUGAGUGGGGUGACCAAAUCACCAAUGAAAUUGUUCGCCAGACAAUGGAUAUGAAAGGAUUCUAUUCCCUUGAGAAACCCGGGGAUUUCACAAGUAUACUGGACGUGACGUUCUUAGCUGCAAUGUGCCAACCUGGCGGAGGAAGAAAUGACAUUCCAUCGAGACUGAAGAGACAAUUCAGUAUUUUCAAUUGCACCUUGCCCGACGAAGCAUCCAUUGAUCGAAUUUUCAGUGUACUCGGGGAAGGACACUACAACAUGAAAAGAGGAUUCUCGUCAGAAGUUAGAAAUCUCGUGAAGAAAAUGGUCCCGUUAACUAGGAUACUUUGGAAUCGAACCAGAACAAAUUUGCUACCAACACCGGCGAAGUUUCAUUAUGUGUUCAGCCUUCGAGAUUUGUCAAGAAUCUGGCAAGGUAUGGUUGGCACAUUGUCAACUGUCAUUGAUAAGGAGAACGUACUGAUGCUACUGUGGAAACACGAGUGCAGUCGAGUUUUCAGUGAUAGAUUCACGAUACAAGCUGAUAAGAAAUGGUUCAAGGAAGAACUAAUCCGAGUCACGAAUGAAAUGCUAGGGGAAAAAUACGUGAAUAUGUUGAAUCAGAAUCCUGCGUUUGUGGACUUCAUGAGGGACGCUCCAGAACCUACUGGCGAAGAAGGUGAGGACGCUGACGUGGAAUUACCAAAGGUGUACGAACCAGUUUACGAUGAUCAAAUUCUGAGAGACAGAUUGGAGAUGUUCCUGUCGCAAUUUAACGAAAUGCAAAGGGGCUCCGGCAUGGAUUUAGUCUUCUUUCCCGAUGCUAUGUUACAUUUAGUCAAAAUAUCCCGAGUCAUUAGGCAUCCGAAAGGAAACGUGAUGCUCGUUGGUGUCGGUGGAUCGGGUAAACAGAGUCUCACGAAGUUGUCCUCAUUUAUCGCGGGUUACAAAACGUACCAAAUAACUUUAACAAGAUCAUACAACGUAGCAAAUUUCUUGGAAGAUCUCAAGUACCUUUAUCGGACAUGCGGUGCCCAGGGUAAAGGCACCACGUUCAUAUUCACCGAUCUGGAUAUCAAAGAAGAAGGUUUCUUGGAGUAUUUAAAUAAUAUUCUCAGUUCUGGUGUCAUCAGCAACUUAUUCACGCGGGACGAACAACAAGAAAUCAUUUCGGAACUAACACCUAUUUUGAAACGCGAGAACCCAAAACGUUCGAUCAACAAUGAGCUUGUAAUGGAGUUCUUCCUUCAAAGGACGUGUCACAAUCUACACGUGGUAUUUUGUUUCUCUCCCGUGGGAGAAAAAUUCAGAAACCGUGCUCAACGUUUCCCAGCUCUAAUAUCAGGAUGUACAAUCGACUGGUUUCAGCCGUGGCCCAAAGACGCUCUGAUUUUAGUCGCUAAGCACUUCCUGCAUGAUUUUGACAUUGCUUGCACCAACGAAGUUAAAGCUGCACUGGUCAACGCGCUUGGUUCCAUACAAGAUAUCGUUUCUGUGACAUCUGCAGAAUAUUUUCAGAGAUUCCGCAGAGCCACUCACGUCACGCCGAAAUCAUAUUUAAAUUUUAUUGGUGGUUACAAGAAUAUCUAUUACAACAAGCAAUACGAACUCGGAGAGGGCGCUAAAAGAAUGGACACUGGCUUGGCAAAACUGGAAGAAGCGUCGAUAUCGGUAGAAAUUUUGAAAAGGGACCUCGCUGUAAUGGAACAGGAACUUGUUCAGGCUUCCGAGAAGGCGGAAACUGUUCUUUUAGAGGUAACAGAGAGAGCGAUGCAAGCGGAAGCUUUCAAAAACCAAGUGCAAAAAGUAAAAGAGAAAGCCGAGCAACUAGUAGCUUGCAUAGCUGAGGAGAAAGCACUCGCUGAACAGAAACUAGAGGCUGCUAAGCCAGCGUUAGAAGAAGCAGAAGCAGCUUUAAAUACCAUUAAACCAGCUCAUAUAGCUACGGUCAGAAAGCUGGGCCGACCGCCACAUCUAAUCAUGAGAAUCAUGGAUUGCGUGUUAAUUCUGUUUCAACGUAAGAUUGGUCCAGUCGUUCCAGAUAGUACUGCCCUCUGUCCGAAGCCAUCUUGGGCGGAAUCCUUGAAGCUAAUGGCUAGUACGACUUUCCUUCUCCAAUUACAAAACUAUCCAAAGGAUAUAAUCAACAACGAGAUGGUAGAGUUACUGCAACCUUAUUUCAAGAUGGAAGAUUACAACAUGGAGACUGCUAGACGAGUUUGCGGUGACGUAGCGGGCUUGUUAUCCUGGACGAAAGCCAUGGCUUUCUUCCACUCCGUUAAUAAAGAGGUUCUCCCAUUGAAAGCCAAUCUAGCUUUGCAGGAAGCUAGGCUGAAGGUAGCAAUGGAGGACCUAGCUAACGCAGAGAGAGAAUUAUCGGAAAGAGAAAUGGCUCUGCAAGCCGUUAAAGAGCAGUAUGAUUCGGCAGUUGUCGAGAAACAAAGACUGACAGACGCUGCGAACGUUUGUCUUAGAAAAAUGACAGCUGCUACUGCUCUGAUCAACGGUCUCGGAGGUGAAAAGAUACGCUGGACUGAACAGAGCAGCGAAUUUAAAGUUCAACUGGGACGAUUAGUGGGCGAUGUUCUGUUGGCAACUGGCUUCUUGUCGUAUUGCGGUCCUUAUAAUCAGCAGUACAGAGCCAGUUUAGUGUCUUCUUGGAUGAACAUUUUAGCAACCAAGGCUGUUCCCUUCACGAGAAAUCUGAACAUCACGAACAUGUUAGUCGAUAGCGCGACGAUGUCAGAGUGGACCCUUCAAGGUCUACCAAAUGAUGAAUUAUCUGUGCAGAACGCGCUAAUUGUAACCAAAUCUUCGUCGUAUCCUUUACUGGUUGAUCCGCAAAAUCAAGGAAAAAUGUGGAUUAAGAAUAAGGAAUGCUUAAACGAAUUACAGAUUACGUCUCUCAAUCACAAAUACUUCAGGACACACCUUGAAGAUAGUUUGUCUCUAGGCAGACCAUUGUUGAUAGAAGACAUAGCGGAAGAGCUGGAUCCAGUUCUCGAUAACGUGCUCGAAAAGAAUUUCAUUAAAUCUGGCUCCAUCGAGAAAGUAAUCGUCGGUGACAAGGAAUGCGACGUGAUGCCCGGUUUUAUGUUGUACAUCACCACAAAAUUACCGAAUCCGGCGUACAGUCCGGAAAUAUCAGCGAAGACGUCGAUAAUCGAUUUUACAGUCACCAUGCUGGGUUUAGAAGAUCAGUUGCUGGGUAGAGUAAUUCUGAUGGAAAAAGCAGAUUUGGAAGCUGAACGGGUGGCUCUCUUUGAAUCUGUCAUGACGAACCAACGUUCAAUGAAAGAACUCGAAAGUACACUUUUGCAUCGGCUGACGUCAUCCGAGGGUACCUUAGUAGACGACGAAGCGCUUAUUAACGUGCUCAGAGAAACCAAAACGACAGCGGAGUCGGUGAAUGAGAAGCUGAAAGUGUCUGCGCUAACGAAGAAGAAGAUCACUUUGGCCCGAGAAGAAUUUCGUGCAGUCGCAUCUAGAGGUUCCAUUCUUUAUUUUCUAAUCGUAGAGAUGAGUAACGUAAAUGUCAUGUACCAAAAUUCAUUAAGACAGUUUCUGACUAUAUUUGACAAUUCAAUCACGAAAUCAACGAAGAGUCCAAUUACCAAUGAACGAAUAGGUAUAAUCCUCCGCCACUUGACCUAUGAAGUGUGGGCUUUCACUUUGAGGAGUUUAUACGAGAGACACAAGUCACUGUUUACGUUAAUGCUGGCAAUGAAGAUAGAUUGUCACAGGGGUACGAUAUCCCACGCAGAGUUCAAUGCAUUCAUAAAAGGAGGCGCUUCUUUGGAUCUAAAUGCUGUCACCCCAAAACCAUUCAGAUGGAUUCUCGACAUAACUUGGUUGAAUUUAGUAGAAAUCAGCAAGUUGGCGGUUUUCUCGGACGUUUUGACAAAAAUCGAAUUUAGCGAGAAAGAAUGGAGGAUAUGGUACGAAAAAGAAAAACCCGAAGAAGAAGAACUCCCUUGCGGGUAUCAGAAGAAAUUGGACGUAUUUAGAAAAUUGCUUUUGAUCAGAUCAUGGAGUCCGGACAGGACCUUGUCGCAGUCAAGGAAAUAUGUGAUUGAAUCAUUGGGGAAAGAGUACGGGGAAGCCAAGAUUUUAGAUUUAGAGGCAACUUGGUUAGAAUCAGAAGUCAGGACUCCGCUUAUAUGCAUAUUAUCGAUUGGAUCUGACCCUAGUCCACAGAUAACGGCGUUGGCAAAACAAAAAUCAAUUCAACUCAGAUCAGUAUCCAUGGGCCAGGGUCAAGAAUUUCACGCUCGCAGAUUGAUAUCGGACGCCAUGAAUACUGGUGGCUGGGUACUAUUGCAGAAUAUUCACUUAUCUCUUCCAUUCUGUACGGAAGUUAUGGAUGCACUCGUUGAAACGGAAACGGUCAACGAAGUGUUCAGACUCUGGAUGACUACUGAAGUGCAUACACAAUUUCCUAUUGGUUUAUUGCAGAUGGCGAUCAAAUACACAAACGAACCCCCUCAGGGUAUUAGAGCCAGUUUAAAGAGAACAUACCAAAGUGUCACGCAAGACACAUUGGAUUAUAGUACGCAAUCGCAAUGGCCGCCUUUAUUGUACGCUGUGGCAUUUUUGCACACGGUUGUCCAAGAACGCAGAAAAUUUGGGCCGCUUGGUUGGAAUAUACCGUAUGAAUUUAAUCAGGCUGAUUUCGCGGCAUCAAUUCAGUUUAUACAGAAUCAUUUAGACGACAUGGACCCAAAAAGGGGGGUGUCAUGGCCAACCGUUUGUUACAUGCUUGGAGAGGUCCAAUAUGGAGGUAGAGUCACGGACGACUUCGAUAAACGAUUACUGACUACAUUUACUCACGUUUGGUUCUGCGAUGUACUGCUGCGUCCCGGUUUCGAAUUUUAUCGCGGAUAUAAGGUACCGCAAAGUCGGAAUCUUCAAGGAUACCUAGAUUACAUUGACGGUUUGCCUGCCACGGAUACCCCGGAAGUGUUCGGAUUACAUCCAAACGCUGAUAUCACCUAUCAAAUUAAUACAGCGAAAGGAAUACUCGAUACAAUUUUAAGCGUGCAACCCAAAGAAGGAGGAGCACAAGGGGGUGAAACUAGAGAGAAUGUUGUGUACAAACUGGCUAGCGACAUGUUACACAAAUUACCGAAUCAGUAUAAUUCUUUUGAAGUGAAGGAAGCUCUUCAACGGAUGGGAGCGUUACUACCAAUGAAUAUAUUUUUAAGACAAGAAGUCGACAGAAUUACGAGAGUAAUAAAGGAAGUACGUAGUACUCUAACAAACCUGAAACUUGCUAUCGAGGGUACUAUCGUAAUGAGUCAAAGUCUACGAAAAUCACUUGAUGCAAUGUAUGACGCCCGUAUACCAGAAAGAUGGCUGAAAAUAUCGUGGGAAUCGGCUACGCUCGGAUUUUGGUACACAGAAUUAUUAGAACGAGACCAUCAGUUUAGGCAAUGGUGCAGCCACGGUAGACCAAAAGUUUUCUGGAUGACCGGUUUCUUCAACCCCCAGGGAUUCUUAACUGCUAUGCGACAAGAGGUGACGCGAGCGCACAAGGGGUGGGCUCUGGAUUCCGUCGUCCUGCAAAAUUUAAUUACGAGGUUCAAUAAGGAAGACAUUAAAAAUCAGCCCCAGGAAGGAGUUUACGUUCACGGUCUAUUCCUGGAAGGUGCUUCACUUGAUCGUAAAACGGCAAAGUUGGUAGAAAGUAAGCCAAAGGUCCUAUACGAACAGAUGCCUGUGAUUUACAUUUACGCGAUAAACACAACUGCAGGCAAGGAUCCAAAGCUUUACGAGUGUCCUAUAUAUAGAAAACCACAAAGGACGGAUACAAAGUAUAUAGGAUCGAUCGACUUCGAGACCGACCACAAUCCUCGACACUGGACACUCCGAGGCGUAGCGCUCUUGUGCGACAUAAAAUAA